AUGGUGUUACAGCACCACCAGCAGCCGCCGCAGCCGGUGCAGCAGCCGCAGCCGCAGCCGCAGCCGGCCUCUCCUCACCUGUUGUGCGCCUCCCAGAUUAAGGUAGAGACUAGUCAGCAGCUGAUUGGUGCAAAGCCCAGCCAAUCACAGCCUCAGGUUCAGAUUCAGUACUCAACCUCCAUCAGCACUAACGGCUCUGGCUCUCAGCAUGCACUGGUUCCCCAUCAAGCUCCGCCCACAUCUCAGCCGCGGCCUAAUGGAGUGAUGAUGGAGGACAUUAAGGGGAUGGAAGGGAAGAGGAGACCAGGAGGAGCGGGGACCAGAGAGGUGCACAAUAAACUGGAGAAGAACAGGCGAGCGCACCUCAAAGAGUGUUUUGAGACGCUGAAGAAGAACGUUCCAAAUGUUGAUGAGAAGAAAACCUCCAACCUCAGCGUUCUGCGCAGCGCUUUGCGUUACAUACAGACUCUGAAGAGGAAGGAGAAGGAGUACGAGCACGAGAUGGAGCGUUUGGCCAGAGAGAAGAUCGCUACGCAGCAGCGGCUGGCCGAGCUGAAGAACGAACUCAGCCAGUGCAUGGACGUCAUCGAGAUCGACAGAGUCCUCCGACAGACCAUCCAGCCGGAGGACGACCAGGCCUCCACGUCCACCGCCUCAGAAGGAGAAGACAACUUUGAGCAGGACAUUGACGAUGACGUCCCUGCUCCCAUUCCUGCUCCCACGUCCCUCCCCAAACCAACACCUCCCAUUUUACAAGCCCAGCCGCUCCUCACCCCUCACCUGUCAAUCCAGCACUCCACACUGCCUCUCUCCGGAGUCCUGACCACGGCCUCGCCCUCUGUUCCCCCUCAAGCCAUCGCCCCCGCUCCAGCUCCAGGUCCGCCCCCUCACCCCAUGCAGCCCCAGGCUGUGCAGGUCCAGCCCACCGUCAUCGCUCACGCCGCCGUCUCCCACCCCUCGGUCAUCCAGGCGGUCAAUCACGGCAUGCCAGCCAAUCACAAGCACCUAACCCACAUCGCCCCGUCACCUGGCCCCACUUCCUCCACCCCUCAGCCAAUCGCAGCAGCUCCAGCAGCCACCGCCACUCACCAGCAGAUAGCCGCCCAGUCCAUCGGACACAUCACCGUCCACCCGGUGGCUCACCUGGGAGGCCCCCUGCCAUCCCACCUCUCGACUCUUUACCCCCAAAGCGUCUCUGUCUCCCAGUCCACCAUGGUGGGCCACAUCACUCACACCUUCACCCAUCACACCCUGCCGCACGUCCAGGCGAAUCCUCAAGCUAACACUAAUGGUGCCCAGGUGAACAGCGCAGCCGUGAUGAGCCAGGGGAGCCCGUCGCUAGGGAAACCCACGGCAGUGCUGGCCCCCCACCCACAGCUGGUUGGACAGGCUGCCGUCCUCAACCCCGUUACCAUGGUUACAGUCCCAACCUUCCCUGUCAGCACACUCAAACUGGCCUGAAAGAGUAAAAAAGGAGGGAAGGAGAGAAAGAUUCAGAACUUCUGGAUGAGUUUUCACACUCCUAUCAAUUAUCAACAAAACAAUGUUUUAUGGACAACUUCUAAAGAAUAUCUCCAGAGAUAUUACGGUCACAGCUCCGUUAGUUUGCGAACAAUAACAUUAAAGCAGAGUCAGUGGGUCAGGCCAUUGUUUGUGAAAAUAAGACUGUGACAUUUGUCUGCGCUGCAAAGACAGGAACUCUGUUUUUACCUUCCUUCCUUGCCUUCUUCUCUCCUUCCUUCCUUUACAACCAGAAGCACUAACAUAAUAAGCUCAGUUCACACUCAGGCAUCAAGGAUUUACCUUAACUAUCCAUUCACUCAUUGAGGAAAAAAACGCAUGAGAGAAAGAGAGAAAGAGAGAGAGAGAGUUGUGUGUCAUUAGGCUGUUGCCAUGGUAAUACAGUAUGUGCCCGUUUUUAUAUUCAUGAUGUCAUGUGGGACAUUCUGGUGGAAUAAUGUCACUGAUGUGUUUGAGAGCAGAAGGAGGCAGCUCAGUGGUCUUACUGAUCUUCAUUAAUUACACUCAGAGCUCUGAUCAAGUGUGAAGUAGACCACAUUACAUAGUCCGCUAACUAGUUCACUUACUGAUGCAGUUCUUUUCUUUUUCUUAGGACCACUGUAGGGCCUCGACAGGAAAGUUCCUCAUUCAUAUGGCUUCUCGUUUCUUUUCCCUUUUUUACUUUUGCUCCCAGUCCUAGCACAGAAACGUGGUCCAUGAAGUGUUUACUCCAUCUUCCUUCCACAUGAAGGUUCCUCACCAUCGCACUUGGCAACAGUCAGAUAAAACUAACAGUGCAAUAAUAAAACAGGGUCCAAUCUUCAGUAGGUAAAAAUAGACAAAAAGAAGAAAAAAAGACACAACCUGGAAGUCUUUAUAUGUGAUUUCUCUUCUGCUGUCAGCUUCUGUCACAAGUGCCCAAUUCAACAGCGGAGUUAUUUAUUCACUUCCCCCUUCUGGCUUUCUUUUUGGAGGGCGAUUCCAAAACCGUAGAGUGUCCCUCCAAACAUGGAGCAACUCCAGCAAUGAGGGGCACGAUUACAGGGGAAGAAUUAUGGCAAUGAUUGCUUGGUUUGCUUAACAUACAGUCGCAUCUGUUUUUACCGGCGUCGUGGAGAAGAUAUUGCACGGACUUUGGAUUUUCUUGUGGUCAUGCUGGAUAAGAAAGUUGUCUGCUUAUCACAAAUGCCUAAAAUGUGUGAGGUGAAUUUAAUAUAAAGACAGGAAAGAUGCUGGAAUCCCGUUUUACUGCUCUCAAAACAUUCAGUGACAGGUUUCCUCCUGUCGCCGUCAUCGGUGAUGUUCCCUGAACGCACUGCAGGGCGAAACAGGUUUUUCACCCUCUUCACUCUAAUGCAACAGCUCCCUCUGCUGCCUCAUCCCAGACAUCGUACCGAUGUUACUCACACACAAACACUUCGGGGCACAACACAAAUUUCCUGCAGAGAAAAAAAAAUGACGAGACGUGCCUCUUGACCUCGAAAGCAGUAGUUUUGACAAUUCAAAAUCUUAACUCGAGAAACGAUCCUGACUGAAGUUUUCGUACUGCAUUAUAUUACAUACAGUAUGGAACUUUGGUCAGGUGACAAAGUCCAACUGAUGAGAUCAGUGUGAGAUGGAUGAAAGCUCCAGAAAAGCUAGAAAGUGGAGCAAGAGUUGAGAUUUUCUACUUUUUUUUUUUUUGUCAAACAAGAAGAAAUAAAUGUUUUUCUCACUUAGCGGUCUUCAAAAGUUUGGAUAUAGCACAAAAGAAUAUUUAAAAAAGACUGGAAGAAGUACUGUUCAGGCCUAAGCCUAAGUCUGCAUUUUAUUGGGAGUUUUGUGAAGAAUAAUUUGGCAGCGACAUAAUGUUUGACAAACAAUAUCAAAGCUAAAAUCCUCUGCUCCAGUCCAGAAAAUCUGUUUUGUUUUUUUACUUCAAAAUGGAAAAUGUGUUGUGUUGUGCCCACUCUUCUUUGUCUGUGUCUUUUUUAUGUAUGUGUGUGUGUGUGUGUGUGUGUAUGUUCAUGUGUGUUUAUGUGCACAUACUCAAAACGUUCAUGGUUUCACCGCCUUCUUGCCAGCCUAUACAAGUCGCACCAUAACAUCUCCCUUCAGUGUAUGUGUAUGUAGUCAAUGUGGCGUGGAUCUGCUCCUCGCCUCUUCUGCUGUUUCUGUAUGUUACGUCUGUAUAUGUGACUGUAUUCAAUAUGUUUUAUAUUCUGUACUAUAGUUAAUCCUACUGUACCUGUAGCAUGGCUCUGUUUUUUGGUUAUAGUUUACCCUGGUGCAUGUUGGAGUGUGUCUGUGUGUGUGUGUGUGUGUGUGUGUGUGUGUGUAGCAAGCAAGCUAUUUUUUUACACAGAGGUGAUUUAUGGUAUGAGCCUGUUUGGGUGCUAUCGUGUGUGCCUAUACUCAGUUUUUUCUGAACACUGUGACAACUCUGGCAAAACACGAACACAUUGAGCGAAUGGAAGAGACAAAGAUUAACUGUCCUAAUUGUUUUUUUGUUUUUAAAUGUUUUUAAGUUUUCCAUUUUGUGAGUUGGACUGAGACAUGGAGUGGAAAAAGUUUAAAAAAAACAAAAAAAAGUUGUUGCUCUUUUCUCGAUAACACAAUAAUGUCUAAUAUUCAAUUUAAGUUUUGUAAUAUUUGUAUGUACGUAUGAGAGUUUUGUAAAUUUGUGAUCGUAUGCACGUUUUGGCAUAUGAGUAUGUAUCUUCAAAUUUUCAAAUGCUUGUUCCUUUUUGGUUUUGUUUUGCAUGUAGAUUGCUGUUUAGUUCCCUUUGUUUAAAGGUUUUGUUUUUCUGUUUAUUUUUGGGACCAUGUACAAUACUGUAUAACGUGGGCAGGAUCUUGGACCUCAUGCUACAUUGAUAUUAUAUAUGAAUAUAAAAACAUGUUUUCCCUAUGGAGAAAGUUUUAAGUUAUAUAUCGCCUGUACACUUUGGGCUGCCUUUUAGAUCUAACUGUCCACUGUUUAAGAUAACAAUGAUGAUAAUGGAUAAAACAUAUUAAUGAUGAAGAAUUAUGCUGAUGAAAUAAUAAAGAUUCUUAAUAAAUCUUAUUACAUUUACAACA